ACAGAUUUUUUUCUACAGCAAAAUAUUUAAAGCUACAGCCAUUACCAAUCGGACCCGAAAUUGUGUACUUUGUGGGUCUGAUCAGAAAAUGAUAAUCUUUGGUUAGAUUACUAUCAUCCAAGCGUAAAAUCCGUUUUCGGUCAGAAUUGUGAUUCUGAAUAAGAAUGCGGUGGUGAUGUCGUUAAUGAGAGAUGAUCAUCCGAAAACAAUUUAUUACUGGUUUUUUGUUUGGGUGAUAAAAGUGUUUUAUUUCAAUUAUUUAGUUCAUCCAACCGUGCUGUUGUAUUUGAUUCAUGAAAUUUGCUUCUUCUUUUUUGCUUAAACAUAUCUGUGUAGAAGAUUGAUUCGAGCCUAAAAAGAAAAGAAAAGGUUUUGAAAUUGAUUUAAUAUGAUUUAGCAGCAGGGGAGAAAUGCCCAAGGAGAGACCAGUGCCAAGCAACAUGACAAGAGUGUCACCAUACCCGCUUCGCUCUUCAAGGACUCAAAGAGAGAUCCAACCUGAGUCGCCUAUCCAGACUCAAGGCCCAGGCGAGUGGGAGGACAUCAAGUGUGUAAUCUGCAUGGAACCUCCACACAAUGCCGUCCUCUUGAAGUGCUCUUCUUUCUCCAAGGGAUGCUGUACUUACAUGUGCGACACCAGUGGUCGUCACUCCAAUUGUUUCAAGCAGUACUGCAGAAAAAACACGAACCAGUUCACCAAGGCCAUACGCUGUCCUAACUGCAGAGGAGAGGUUAAAGAGACGAUCAAGGUGUCGGCUGCAAGGAGAUAUUUCAAUGCUAAACCGAGGUGCUGCGCUUUUGACGGUUGCACCUUCUCGGGGACUUACACUCAGAUAGAGAAGCAUUUGAAAGCUGAUCAUCCCCGUUACACCAGACCCUUGGUCGACCCAGUGAGAGAGCGGGCGUGGGAUGAGAUGCAGAGAGCUGCUGAGUACACUGAAAUCAUGACUGCAGCGGGUCUUCCGCAUAAUACCCCCGAGCAUCUUAUGCAUCAUCAGCUUCCUCGUCAUCCGGUGAUUCAGAUCAGCGUGAAUGGAGUAGUGCGGAACUAUUUCUUUGCUGCUUUGCCUCGCAUACCAACAAGAGCGAUGGCCAUAGUUCCCAGUUGGACUCCCUCCUGAAGAAUUCAGAACCCAAAAAUUUGAAUGUUGUUCAAAGCUUUUUGAUGUGUAAUAGUUUUUUGUCGAUGUCUCAAUAGCAUCAUUCCUAAUGUUUAAAUGAUUUAGGUUAUCGUAUAAAUAUAUAUAUAUGCAGCGGUCAA